AAAUUCUUCGUAAAGGGUCCCCCUCUCGUCUCGUACUCUCGCUCCCUCCUUUCUUUCCCCUUUUCCUCUUCGCAUCAUAGAAGAAAGAAAACUCAAGACAGCAAAAUAGUCGCUCCAGUUUGAGCUCUCUGUCUGUCUUUCUUAUAAUUCGAGUUUCAAUGCCUGCCCAAAAGCGUCCGCUGCCGGAGGAUUCACACCCCGACGACGAUGACGAAGAAGCAGGAAGAGGAGAAGAACGGGGAGACUCUUCUCGACGCCCGUCGUCAUCGUCGCCACCGCACCAGAAUGGCAAUCACCAGCAUCACGGCUCAUUCCCCGGCCAACCUCCGGACAAUACUGUGCCAGCUCGAAGUCAGCUGAAAGCGGACGAGGAGGUGGAAGACGAUGGUAAUGAAGACGAAGAUGAUUCGGAGGAGGAAGACGAGAAGCAAGAGGAGGAGGCGGGAGAGGAGGAAGACGAGGACCCCGACGACGAAGAAGAGGAAGACGAAGAAGGAGAAGAGGAGGAAGAGAAGCGCCGCCGUGGUGCUGGAGGAGAUUAUGAGUCUACUCAGUCAUCCAGUUCGUCGGAGGAGGAGGAGGAGGAAGAAGAAGAAGGAGACAAGCCUGAGUUUGUCUUUGUUGAACUACCAGAAAUUCGUAAAGAUGUGCAAUGCCCUAUAUGUCUAGGGAUCAUAAAGAAAACAAGAACUGUCAUGGAGUGCUUACACCGCUUUUGCAGGGAAUGCAUUGACAAAUCCAUGCGAUUUGGGAACAAAGAGUGCCCUGCUUGCCGUACCCAUUGUGCAAGUCGACGUUCUUUGAGAGACGAUCCUAACUAUGAUGCUUUAAUUGCAGCUUUAUAUCCUGAUAUUGAUAAGUAUGAGGAAGAGGAAUUGGCUUUUCAUGAAGAGGAAAGGACUCGAAACAAGCAGAUACAAGCAUCUAUAGCCCAAAUAUUCCAAAGACAGUCAGAAGCAUUGGCAAGGAGACGGACCAUUGGAAAAGAAUCAACUGCACAAUUUGCCUCCAGAUCACAAAGGAACCUUCGAACUACUCAAUCAAGGAGACAGAGAAACAGAAGAAGUAUGGAUUAUCUAGGAUCUGAAGAUAUGGAGGAAGAAAAUAAUGAGGACACUGUAGGCGGCAAGGAUUCGUCCUCUGCUGAUGAACGAUCUCCAGAAGCGAGGCCGAGAAGACGAAGGAGACGACCAGGGCUGAGGACCUCUCAUCAACCUUCUUCAUCAGGUGUGAAUUCUGAAGGAGUUGCUGCUGACAAUAAUGAUCAAGAAACUAGCCGAGACCACCAGGGAGUGUCUCCCGUGCUCCCAUUUAUUAAUACUGAAAUGCUUAACUGGGGGAGGGGUGGCACGAGAAGCAACACCCGGCAUGGCGUUGCUAGUAGCAGCAAUAAUAGGCACAUGCGGAACAGUCGCAUAUUAAAGCUGACGGAACAUCUUAAAAAUACAUCAGCUGAGGACAAAAAUGAGGAAGAGUUGUAUCUGAAUCUGAUAGUACUUCCCCUGGGGAAAGAAUCCGCACCAAGUUUGGAGCAGCCUUAUAUUCGCUGCCGAUCCACCUCGUCUAUUGGGCAAAUCCGUGAGUUCAUUGCUCAGAAAUUGUCUUUGGCUGCUGAAGAAGUGGAUCUCUUUUUGGUGGCUGAAUUCUAUGAUGUGCUUCCCACCCUGGAAACUCCAUCUUCCAAGGAUGGUAUGCGGGUAUUGGUAAAUGACGAGGAAACAUUGGCAACGCUAACAAUAGGCCGGGCUGACUUCCCCGCGAGCUAUGUUCCCAGAAGUUAUCUGAUGAUAGCAUUCAACAAGAAGGUGAAGGUUGAGCGGGAAGCUGUUGCUAGUGGAGGACGAAUGGAGGCCGAGGCUUCGGGAGCUAAGGAGGAAGUGAAGGAGGAGCAAUAAAAGAAAGAGGCUUCUGGAGGCCGAGGCAUGUGUCCUACAAAAUAAUGUAGCUUUGUAAAGUUAUGGGUUUGCAGUAUAAGGUCAAAACCACAGCCUAAAAGGUGAUAGUCCUUCGCCUUGAGGCUUUGCUGUUGUGUUAUAGGGCUCUUUUAUCACAACUUGAAGUAGGCGGUCCUUGUAGGACUCUUUCUUUCCCUUUUUAAUUUAUAAACCCUGAAAAAUGAAGGAAACCUUGUCGGCAAUAAGCCUCAGUUUGUUUUCUUAAAGAUUUACCUUACCAUUAUUGAGUCCGAAGCUCAAUAAUGGGUGAACAGAAACGGUAUCCUUUUUUGGCAGCUGAUA